GAGAGAGAGUCAGAGAGAGAUCACUCAGAGACGGAGAGAGGGAGGAGAGAGAGAGAUACGGCAUUGAUGGCGGAAGGUCAGAAACCGCGAAAACACAGCGACGAUAGCGUGAAGCUAUUCGUUGGUCAAGUUCCGAAGCAUAUGACGGAAUCACAACUUUCAGCAAUGUUCGAAGAAUUUGCUCUUGUAGACGAAGUCAACAUCAUCAAAGACAAGGCUACGCGAGCCUCUCGAGGUUGUUGUUUUGUUAUAUGUCCAUCCAGGGAGGAAGCAGACAAGGCUGUGGAUGCGUGUCACAAUAAGAGAACACUGCCUGGGGCAUCUUGUCCAUUGCAAGUGAAAUACGCCGAUGGCGAGUUGGAAAGGCUAGAACACAAACUUUUCAUUGGUAUGCUUCCAAAGAAUGUUUCUGAGGGCGAAGUUUCAGAAUUAUUUUCUCAAUUUGGAACCCUAAAAGACUUGCAAAUUUUAAGAGGUUCUCAACAGACAAGCAAAGGUUGUGCUUUUGUGAAGUAUGAGACAAAAGAACAAGCAGUUGCAGCAAUAGAGGGACUUAAUGGCAAGCACAAGAUGGAGGGUUCACCGGUCCCUUUGGUGGUCAAAUGGGCAGACACUGAAAAGGAAAGGUUAGCUCGGAAGGCUCAGAAAGCCCAAUCACUGGCUUCAAGUUUGGCAAAUGCUGACCCCACACAACAUCCUUCUUUAUUCGGAGCUCUGCCAAUGGGCUACAUUUCACCAUAUAAUGGUUAUGGAUACCAGGCCGCUGGAAGUUAUGGGCUCAUGCAGUAUCGCAUUCCCCCAGGGCAGAAUCAACCUUCGUUCCCUAAUGUGAUUCCACAUGCAAACCAAGGAGGGACUCCACGAAAUUAUGCAGUUCCUCCGGCUGGUUAUACUUAUCCAGCUGUUCCUGGAGCUCAAUAUCCUUUGGCGUACACUGGGGGGAUGAUGAGUAACCAGCCUUUAAGUGGUCCUCCUAGUCCUGUACCACCACCAAUUGCGAAUAACCUCGCUGCAACAUCCUCUAGCAUCUCUGCAAGUCCUGGUGAUCAGGUUGAAGGUCCACCUGGUGCCAAUCUGUUUAUCUACCAUAUUCCUCAAGAAUUCGGUGAUGAAGAGCUUGCAAAUGCCUUUAAGGGAUUUGGAAGGGUCUUGAGUGCUAAGGUUUUUGUCGACAAAGCAACUGGUGUUAGCAAAUGCUUUGGCUUUGUCAGUUAUGACUCCCCAGCUGAUGCACAAGCUGCGAUAAAUAUGAUGAAUGGAUACCAGUUAGGCGGUAAAAAAUUGAAAGUUCAACUCAAAAGAGACAACAAACAAAACAAACCUCUUUGAUCAGAUGGUAAGGCAUGAAAGGCUGCACGUAAUCUAAACACAUAGAAGUUUCUGCCGUUAAGCUAUGAUGGGGUGGCUCGGGAUAAGUAAUUGACCACACAUCCCGUUCCAUCCCAUACGUAGUCAAUCCAUGGGAUCAAAACCCUCACACUUGUAAUACUUGGUUAAUUAUGUGUCAUUGUAAUCUGUAAUCGUGCAAAACUGGAACUCCUUCAAUUUAUUGAUUCUUCCCUCUAGAGCAUCAUUCAUAGUGUAGUCUCUUUUAGAAGUAUAUUCAAGAAAUAU